AUGGCUAAGUCUGAGUCGGAAAAGCUGUCUUCUCCUGUGGUUGACGAGAAGCGCGCGAGCAUCUCAACUGUUUCCUCCGCAACCGAUGUCGAGGCCGGUGAGCCCAAGGGCAAACAGGUCGAAAAGCAUCGCUCGUUUCCGAAACGAGUAGGAAGGAGUAUCAAGGGUUACUUUAUCCCGCUCAACCCUCCGCCGCCCAAAGCCAGUCUCGACGAUGCGCUGCCUAUUCCUGAAUCAUCUGCGUCAUGGUUCUCGCUUUUGACUUUCAACUGGAUUUCUUCGCUUAUGGCCCUUGGCUAUGCCCGUCCUCUCGAAGCUACCGAUCUGUGGCAAUUGCAGGAGCACCGCUCGAGUGCAGUCAUCGCCGACCGCAUAAAUGCCUCUUUCGAUGCCCGUGUGAAGCAGGCUGCAGAGUACAAUGCCCGUCUCGCGUCCGGCGAGAUACGACCCUCAAUCAAACAGAGGGUCUGGUGGACCCUGCGCAGACAACGUGCCGAACGCGAGAAGCGCUGGCGUGAAGUCGAUGGGAAACGCAAACCCAGUUUGACACUUUCCAUGAACGAUGCUAUCUUCGCAUGGUUCUGGAGUGGCGGUAUCCUGAAGGUCAUCGGCGACACGGCUCAGGUCACCAGUCCGCUUGUCGUCAAAGCUCUCAUCACCUUCGCGACCGACUCGUACGCCGACUCACGCACCGGCAAGCCCGUACCACCCAUCGGCAAGGGCAUCGGCCUCGCCAUCUGCCUCGUCCUCCUGCAACUCAUCGCCUCACUGUGCACGCAUCACUUCUUCUACCGCAGUGCGAGCUCGGGAGUCCUUCUCCGCGGCGGCCUCAUCAACGCCAUCUACAACCGCUCAUUACGGCUUACCACUCGCGCCCGCGGCAGCCUCCCGAACGGCAAGCUCGUCAAUCACAUCUCCACCGAUGUCUCCCGCGUCGACUUCUGCUGUGGUUUCUUCCACAUGUUCUGGGCUGCACCCAUACAGAUGGCGAUUUGUCUUGCCCUCCUCAUCAUCAACCUUGGCCCGAGCGCGCUCGCAGGCUUCGGCUUCUUCGUUCUCGUCACCCCACUGCAGAGCUACAUUAUGAAGAGCCUGUUCGCGAUACGGAAGAAGACGAUGGUGUGGACGGACAAACGCGCAAAGUUGCUGCAGGAGCUACUCGGCGGGAUGAAGGUCAUCAAGUUCUUCGCAUGGGAGAAGCCGUUCCUCGAGCGCAUCUACAACUUCCGUACGAAGGAGAUGAGCUACGUGCGCAGCCUGCUCAUGAUUCGCGCCGCCAACACCGCACUCGCCAUGUCCUCACCGACGCUCGCAUCUGUCAUCGCCUUCCUCGUAUAUGCCGCGGCAGGACACCAACUGAACGCCGCAGCCAUCUUCUCGUCGCUCUCGCUCUUCCAGCUGCUCCGCAUGCCGCUCAUGUUGCUGCCCAUGUCUUUCAGCGCGAUCGCCGACGCCCGCAAUGCCAUUGGCCGUCUCCAGGCCGUCUUCGAGGCUGAACUCGUCACCGAAGAGCUCAUCAUCGACGAGUCGCUCAAGAACGCCAUCGAGUCCACGCACGCUGCGUUUACGUGGGAUGCUGCACCUCCCGAGCAGGAAGCCACCAAGAAGAAGUCUUCGCCCUUCGGCGGACGCGGGAAGAAGGACAAGGCCGCGGUCACACCGAGGGUGUCUGUGGAGGUCAAGGAGGAGAACAUCUUCAAGCUACGCGACAUCGACCUCUCUGUUCCGCGCGGCUCUCUCGUCGCUAUCGUUGGCCCUGUCGGCUCUGGGAAGACGUCGUUGUUGCAAGGCUUGAUUGGCGAGAUGCGCAGGACAGCUGGGACCGUCAAGUUCGGUGGGAACAUCGCCUACUGCGGCCAGAGCGCUUGGAUCCAGAACGCGACUAUCCGUGAGAAUAUCUGCUUCGGAAAGCCGUUUGACAAGGAGCGAUACUGGCGCGCCGUGCACGACUCGUGUCUCGAAGCGGACCUAGACGUACUACCAAACGGAGACCUGACUGAGGUUGGCGAGAAAGGUAUUUCGCUUUCCGGUGGCCAGAAGCAGCGCAUCAACAUCUGCCGCGCAAUUUACGCCGAUACCGACAUCGUCAUCUUCGACGACCCGCUCUCCGCACUCGAUGCACAUGUCGGCGAGAGCGUCUUCAAGAACGUCAUGCUCGACUCGUCCACCGGCAAGACUCGCGUACUCGUCACCCACGCACUGCACUUCCUUCGCGAGGUCGACUACAUUUACACCAUCGUCGAUGGGCGCAUUGUUGAGCAGGGAACGUACGCAGCUCUGAUGGAGGCACGCGGCGCAUUCGCAUCGCACAUUGCCGAGUUCGUCACGCAAGACGCCUCGGAGGAAAAGGCGGCAGAGGAAGAGGAUGCCGUUGAGGGAACCCCGACGGAUGGUGAGAAGGAGAAGAAAAAGAAACGGGAGGCGGCAGUCAAGGGCGCACAGCUCAUGCAACAGGAGGAGCGCAGUACCGGAGCCGUCAGCUGGGAGGUCUAUAAGGCGUACAUCGAGGCGGGCAACGGAUGGGUGACACUUCCGUUCGUGGCGCUCAGUAUGGUCGUCAUGCAGGCCGCCACAGUGCUCUCAUCGUAUUGGCUUGUGUGGUGGCAGAACGGAUCCUUCAAUCAGCCGCAAGGAUUCUAUAUGGGUAUCUACGCCGUUCUCGGUGUCAGUCAGGCUUUGUCCGCGUUCGCCAACGGUGUCGUCUUCGCGCUGCUCAUCUACGCGUCGAGCCGGCGCUUGCACAGCGAUGCCAUCACUCGCGUCCUACACGCUCCAAUGGUGUACUUUGAGACGACACCGAUAGGCCGCAUCAUGAACAGGUUCAGCAAGGACAUCGACACCAUGGACAACAUGCUCGCCGAUGCGUUCCGCAUGUUCCUGAACACCAUGUCCAGUAUCGUUGGCGCGAUCAUCCUAAUUUCCAUCCUCCUCCCAUGGUUCUUGAUUGCGGUUGCCGCUGUCAUUGUGCUUUAUGUCAUGGCGGCCCAGUUCUACCGUGCUAGUGCUCGUGAGCUGAAGCGUCUUGACGCCAUCCUGCGUUCUUCCCUGUACUCUCACUUCUCUGAGAGUCUAUCUGGACUGGCCACGAUUCGUGCCUACGGCGAGCAACAACGGUUCGCCGACGACAACCGCAAGCGCAUCGACGUGGAGAACCGCGCGUACUGGUUGACCGUCACGAACCAGCGCUGGCUCGGGAUUCGCCUCGACUUCUUCGGCAUCCUCCUCACGCUCGCCGUCGCGAUGUUGACCGUCGGCACUCGGACAUCCAUUUCGCCUGCGCAAACCGGCGUCACGCUCUCCUACAUCCUCUCUGUUCAGCAAGCAUUCGGCUGGAUGGUCCGCCAACUCGCAGAGGUCGAGAACGACAUGAACUCCGUCGAGCGCGUUGUCUACUACGCAAGACAUAUUGAGCAGGAGCCGCCGCAUGAGAUCCCCGAGAAGGCGCCUGCGCAACCGUGGCCCGCGACCGGACGCAUCGAGUUCAAGGACAUGGUCCUCAAGUACCGGCCCGAAUUGCCGCCCGUCAUCAAGGGUCUUACAAUGUCCGUGGAGGGAGGCGAGAAGAUCGGUGUUGUUGGAAGGACGGGUGCUGGGAAGAGCAGUCUGCUUACGGCGCUGUUCCGCUUGGUCGAGCUUGCCGAGGGUGGGAUUGAAGUCGAUGGAGUGGAUAUCUCGAAGAUUGGCCUGUCCGAUUUAAGGAAGGGUCUUGCGAUUAUCCCGCAAGACGCUACUUUGUUCUCUGGCACUCUUCGCAGUAACCUCGACCCCUUCGGCUUGCACGACGACGCGAGGCUAUGGGAUGCCCUUCGUCGCUCAUACCUCGUCGAUGAUACGCCCAUGCCGAAGAAAGACGGCGACGAAGUCGUUCCCUCUGGCGCAACAACACCGAGCGGCCCGCGCUUCACGCUCGACAGCGUGAUCGAAGAUGAGGGCGGCAACGUAUCCAUCGGCCAACGUUCACUCGUCUCGCUCGCACGCGCACUAGUCAAGGACUCGCGCGUGCUCAUCUUGGACGAGGCUACGGCGUCGGUUGACUACGAGACGGACAGGAAGAUCCAGUACACCAUCGCGCACGAGUUCCGGGACAGGACCAUCCUGUGCAUCGCGCACAGGCUGAGAACAAUCAUCUCGUACGACCGUAUCUGCGUGCUCGACCAGGGCCAGAUCGCGGAAUUCGACAGCCCAGCGAGGUUGUUCGCGCAAGAUGGGAUCUUCCGCGGGAUGUGCGAGCGGUCCGGGAUCACGCUCGAGGAUAUCGUGCGCGCUGCGAAGGAGCGCGAAGCGGAGGAUGCGAGGCUGGAUGCGCGCGCAUAG